AGCCGACUUUGCUCACAAUGAAGGCCUCAACUUUAAUUCCAUUUGCCAUUUUUAUGCUUUCACAAACCUCGUGGCCUGUGGGCAUAUUUCUUGGCAAACUGGAUUUGAUGAAAGAACAGGUGGCAGUUUUCCUAGCCGGCACAAUCGCUUUGACUUUAGCAACACUUGUGCCUUACAUACUUUUUAGAAAUGUCCUCAAACGAAGUGACCCAGUGGUGUUAACUGUUUCAGUAUUCUGCUGGUCAUGCAUGAUAGAUCUUGGAAUAGGAUUAGAACUAGAUGGAUACAUUUCUAAUUUCAUUGGCUUUUACUUUAUUGAGGGUGAACCAUACCUUUUUACUGCUCACGGCACACUGAUUAACUACUGGGAUGGCACUGUUCAAUAUGGCCUUGGCUUAGCUAUGAUAAUACUUUUUUGUCAAAAGCGCAGCUAUCGAGAUGUUGGAUUGUAUUGGGUAGGCUCAAUUCUUAAUAGUAUGGUUGUAUUAUUACCUGGCGGUGUAGCAGGAAAACAUCCAUUCAAGCUUUCUAUUCUGUUGAAUACUCCUUAUAUACUGUUGCCUCUUUUUGCUGGAUUUAAGUUCAUUCAUGAAAGACAUUCUCAGAAAACACCUAUACGUAAGUUUAAUUCAAUCUGGCAUAGACCUGUUGACUUCCUAUUCCUCAUUUAUUUCAUUGGUGCCAUCUCGAUAUCUAUAUUUAGAGCACUUGCUGUUUUGAAUGGUAAUGCAGAAUUAAUGAAAGAUUACACUAAAAUUUAUGAGCCCUAUUUAUUGGAUGAAUCAAAUUUUCCUAGAUUUCAGAUGCUUGCCUAUGGAUAUUUCUUUCUGAUAUACUACUUGAGUGCUGUCUAUGCAUUACUUUAUCCAGGACAAAAUUGGAUGACUGACUGGUCAAUUAUUCAUGCUGGAGCUUCAGCACAAGGACAGUUUUCUUACAUUGUUGGAUCAAUACAUCACAGGACUCCAGCAUCAUUAAGAUCACCAAUCUCAGGAUUUCCAGGGUUAGUAUUCUGGACCAUUAACUUAGCUUUGGUUCUGGUUCCUCACUUCUUCAUGUUGUGGUGCAAGCGUAAUGAACACAUGUAUGGCUGCGUCAGUUUGGUCAAAACUGAGAAUGAUUCCAAGAAAUUAAACUCUCUUAAAAAAGAGAAAUAAAUUUUUUUAGAUGAUUAGACAUAUUCAUAUACUAUUUCACUUCUGUUACGCCAAAAAUUGAUUUGUUAUUAUUUUCUCUGAAUCCAGUUGAUUUUGCUACAAAACCUUUAUUAUGUCUAACUUUAACUAACAAAAAAACAAUAAUUAUCAUUAUAUUUAUUAUACUGUUAUACUCUUUUUAGAUACCAUAUAACUGUAUUAGAAAUUUUGUAUAUUAUUUAUAUAUAUAAUGUUGGAUAAACAUAUAUUAUUCCAUACAAAUAUUUUAUAUUUAUGUGUAAGAUAAUGUAAUUUGUAAACUAGUAGUUUUCAAUUGAAAUAUGUAUUUAAUUUUACAUCUUUGCUUUCCAUAUUUCUCCAUUUGCAAAUCAUAAUUUGUUGUUGUUAAUUUAAGAAUGAAUAUUUUUUAUCAGUUUUUGUUACCUGAUGUUUAUUCAGAAAUGGCAAUAAUACAUUUUCUUACACACUCUGCUGUAGGAAGGUUUAAAA